AUACAGUUUACAAAGCAGGUCAGUAUCAUCCUCCCUGUUUUACAGAUGGGGAAAGUGAGGCACGGAAAGAGGACGUGACUUGCCCGAUGUCACCCAGCAUAUGGCAGAGCCAGGAAUAAAACCCAGGUCUCUUGAGUGCCACUCCAGUGCUCUGUCCACUAAACCACACUGCCUUCCGGGUCUCACAAAUGCUGUCUAUUAACUACAAGAUCAUCCUUCCCGAGAAUUUUCAUUUGGCUUCAUUUCGCAGAAUGCACAGCUAGUUUAAAUUCCUGCCCCCCCCACCGUACAUUACUGCCUUGGCCAUGUAUUGAGGUGCUGCCCCAUAUCCUAGCAUGGGGCAAGUAGUCUUUGAAAUCAAAAAGCAUUCUCAUUUCUCCGUGUUUCAUCUGCCCACCUUCCCAGCUGAUCCCUGUCCAGUUGCCUCUGCUGUAACCCAGUAGCAGGCAUCAUCAGUGCUUCUGGUUGCAGCUAACCCCGAUACUAGGUGGUGUCUUUAUUGCUCUGUCAUCGAAGAUGAGAAGCUGGAAAAUGACGAGUUACGGACUUCAGGAGCCUCCCGUGCAGUGAGAUAUUUGGGAUUCCUCGUAGCAUCCUCCUGCUGGAGGCCUGCUCUGUGUCAGUCGCCUGGAUUCCAUUCCAGUGGCUGCAGGAUGCCAAGUGCGGGUGCUUCUGAAUUCCAGCAUCUCUCAGCUCCGCCAUGUGUGAAGAGGAGACCACUGCCUUGGUCUGCGACAAUGGCUCCGGGCUGUGCAAGGCUGGCUUUGCCGGCGAUGACGCCCCACGCGCUGUCUUCCCAUCCAUAGUGGGUCGCCCUCGUCACCAGGGUGUGAUGGUGGGUAUGGGCCAGAAAGACAGCUACGUAGGGGACGAGGCUCAAAGCAAGAGAGGAAUCCUUACUCUCAAGUACCCCAUCGAACAUGGCAUCAUCACCAACUGGGACGACAUGGAGAAGAUCUGGCACCACUCUUUCUACAAUGAAUUACGAGUGGCUCCGGAAGAACACCCCACCCUUCUCACAGAAGCGCCCCUGAACCCCAAGGCGAACCGUGAGAAGAUGACCCAGAUCAUGUUUGAAACCUUUAAUGUCCCCGCCAUGUACGUUGCAAUCCAAGCUGUGUUGUCCCUCUAUGCGUCUGGCCGUACUACUGGUAUCGUUCUGGACUCCGGGGAUGGUGUCACUCACAAUGUCCCCAUCUAUGAAGGAUAUGCUCUGCCCCAUGCGAUCAUGCGUCUCGAUCUGGCUGGUCGCGAUCUUACUGACUACCUCAUGAAGAUCCUCACGGAGAGAGGCUACUCUUUCGUCACCACUGCCGAACGAGAAAUCGUGCGUGACAUCAAGGAGAAGCUGUGCUAUGUGGCCCUGGACUUCGAAAACGAGAUGGCCACAGCUGCCUCUUCCUCCUCCCUAGAGAAGAGCUACGAGCUGCCUGACGGUCAGGUCAUCACCAUCGGCAAUGAGCGUUUCCGUUGCCCGGAAACCCUCUUCCAACCGUCCUUCAUUGGCAUGGAGUCUGCUGGAAUUCACGAGACCACCUACAACUCCAUCAUGAAGUGCGACAUCGACAUUCGUAAGGAUCUGUAUGCCAACAACGUCCUUUCCGGGGGCACCACCAUGUACCCUGGGAUCGCGGACAGGAUGCAAAAGGAAAUCACAGCCUUGGCUCCCAGCACAAUGAAGAUUAAAAUCAUCGCCCCCCCUGAACGUAAAUACUCCGUCUGGAUCGGAGGCUCCAUCCUGGCCUCUCUCUCCACCUUCCAGCAGAUGUGGAUCAGCAAACCAGAAUAUGACGAGGCCGGCCCUUCCAUUGUCCACAGGAAGUGCUUCUAAGAACAGAGCACCCAUUCUUCAGGACCUCGGGUGCUUCCUGGUUCCUUCUCUCCCUUUGCAAUUAUUUCUAACCCUUUAAAAAGCAUUAAAACUUUUUUUCACGCCUUC